AUGGCGACACGCGGGCGCAGUCAGCAGGCCACUCCAGCCAGCCCCGGGUCCGUGAGCCAGCUGGGGGCACAGCUGGCGGGGCUGGCACUGGGCGAGGGGCUGGCCGCUGUCAGCUGGUGCGUGGCGCUCAAGCCGCCGGGCUCGACGCAGCUGCUGGUGGUGGAUGGCAGCGCUGGCGACAGCUGGCAGGAGGAGGCGGACGGGCACGCCUGGCUGCAGAGCAAGCUGCUGCACCAGCGCUGGACGGGGUGGGCCUGCUACAACGACGAACCGCCAGAGGGCAGCGGCGCGCGGGGCGGCGUCACGUACGGCCACUGCAAGGGCAUCCUGGCGUGGAGCCGCGGCCGCAUCGGCUGGCUGGUGCACUCGGUGCCCGCCUGGCCGCAGCGCUUCAGCGACGCGGAGCUGCCGCCGCUGGUGGCCAGCGGCGUGCGCUGCGGCCAGUCCUUCAUCUGGCUCAGCCUGGAGCGCACGCCAGAGCUGACGCGGCACAUCUGCGGUGCGCGCGGCGCCGGCGGGCCUGCAUGUGUGGCGGUGGCGGCCAAGCGCGGCGGCGGCGGCGUGGUCCUGCGGGAUGAGCGGCUGUGGCGGGCGCUGGCCUCACUCAUCGUGCAGCUGGGUGGAGAGCACCCGCCGCCCCCGCUGCCCCUGCGCAGCAUGGACGAGUUCCACUCGCAGGAAGACAGCGCGGCGGCAGCGGCGGCGGCGGCGGCCGCGGCGGCGAUGGCGGCCGCGAGGGGCCUGCAGGCCCAGGCCGCCGCGGGCACCGGCGGCCGCCGCGGCGGCGCGGUGGUGGCGGGACGGCGCGGCAUGAGCACGUCUGCCGCCGCGUCUGCUGGCACCGGCGCCGGCGGCGUGGGCGGGGAUGGAGAGGUGCGCAGCGGCAGCGCCGCCAAGGGCUGCAACUGCCAGGCGAUGGGGUGCAGCCACGGCCGCUGCAAGGGCCGGUGCUCCAACGGCGGCGCACAGGCCGCUGCCGCUGCGGCACACGCCGGCGGCGGCGAGGCGGCAGCCGCGGAGGGCCCCGGCGCAGCAGCAGCAGCAGCAGCAGCAUCAGCAGGAAGCGCCGCGCCAGCAGGCUCGCCCGCGGCAGGCGCGGCGCCGGCGCCCUCCCCUGUGGCUCAGCUGCAAGCGGCGCUAGGGGCUGCCCAGUCCACCCUGGCUCAGGCGGUCGCCAAUGUGCUGCCCUUCAUGCGCCAACGCGCCGCCCAGACGCCCGCGGCGGCCGCAGCAGGGGCGGCCCGGACCGUGCACACCUCUGCCGGGGCGCCUGCGGCAGCCAGCGACGCCGAGCCGGCGCGCUCCACUCCUGGGCCGGAGGCUGGUGCAGCGGCUGGUGCAGCAUCUGUCCCGGCUGAAGCACCAGCGGCGGCUGAUGUGCCGGCGGCGAGUGCGCCAGCCAGCGGCGACACGUCAAGCCAGGGAGCUGGCAGCGCCCAGCCUGCUGCUCGUGACGGCGACGGCGUGGUGGGCAGCGAGGGGCCCGCGCCCACGGCCAGCCCAGCCGCAAGCAGCAGCACUGGGGCUUCCAGGGGCGGCGGCAAGCCGCGGCUUGGCGGCCAGCAGCAGCAGGAGGGAGAGGAGCCGGGCCCGUGCCAUUGCAAGAAGGGCUGCAAGGACAAGCGCUCAGCAGCAGCGGUGCACCAGUGGGCCAGCCUUGCUCUGGGGUGCGCUUCAGGCGGGCACGGCGCUCUCGACCUGCUUCCACGAACGUAG